GUGCUCUGGCACACACAGGUUGCUAAGAAGCCCUCAGCUCACCCCAAGUCCUUGGCAAAGGACACCCAGGCUGUGUGCUUGCGAAGGAAUAGGCUGCGAGUACGCCAGUGUCCGGCAGAUGGCGCCGCAGACCCGAGGCCCAGGGCUCUCUAGCCGCGCCGGGAGAGGCAAUAUGAGGUCACGCAGCCCCUCUGACUUCCGCCGGGGCGGCCCACGCGGCCCAGCCCGGGCACACCUUUACUGCACUCGCCGUCGAGGUUUCGGAUCUCUCCUUUCUGCCGCCUUGCGAGCCAUGGGUCUCUCCCGGGUCCGGACCAGUACAUGGGUGGCAGCAGCCAGGGCGGCCCAGAGGCGCCCCCGUGUGGACAACCGGGGUCAGCCUCGGAGUCCUGAGCCUGCGAGCACGCGCGCGGCGCUUUACGUGCACUGGCCCUAUUGCGAGAAGCGUUGCAGCUACUGCAACUUCAAUAAGUACAUCCCCCGCGGCGUGGAGGAGGGGGCCGUGCGGAACUGCCUGGUGACUGAGGCACGGACGCUGCUGCGGCUCAGCGGGGUGCGAAGGGUGGAGUCUGUGUUCUUUGGUGGGGGAACCCCAAGUCUGGCCAGUCCCCACACUCUGGCUGCUGUCUUGGAGGCCGUGGCGCAGGAAGUCCACCUACCUGCAGAUUCAGAAGUCACAUUGGAGGCUAACCCCACUUCAGCCCCAGGUCCCAAGCUGGCAGCUUUUGGAGCAGCAGGAGUCAACAGGCUGUCCAUUGGUUUACAGUCCUUGGAUGACACUGAGCUGCAGCUGCUGGGUCGGACUCACUCAGCCAGCGACGCUUUGCAGACUCUGGCAGAAGCCAGGCGCCUUUUCCCUGGCAGAGUAUCCGUGGAUUUGAUGCUGGGCUUGCCAGCACAAAAGGUGGCGCCAUGGCUUCGACAGCUUCAGAAACUGCUGCACCACUGCGACGACCACCUCUCCCUCUACCAGCUGACCCUGGAACGGGGCACCUCACUCUUUGCCCAGGUGCAGCAGGGCACCCUCCCAGCCCCUGACCAGGACCUGGCUGCUGAGAUGUACCAGGAGGGGAGGACAGUCCUCCGAGACGCUGGCUUUCGCCAGUAUGAGGUCUCCAACUUUGCACGGAACGGGGCGCUCAGUACUCACAACUGGACUUAUUGGCAGUGCGGUCAGUACCUUGGUGUUGGGCCUGGAGCCCAUGGACAAUUUGUGCCCCAGGGAGCUGGAAGCCACACCCGGGAAGCACGGAUCCAGACACUGGAGCCAGACAACUGGAUGAAAGAGGUGAUGCUGUUCGGUCAUGGCACCCGGAAAUGCGUCCCCCUGGGCAAACUAGAGCUGCUGGAGGAGGUCUUGGCUAUGGGGCUGCGCACCGAUGUGGGGGUCACUCACCAGCACUGGCAGCAGUUUGAGCCCCAGCUGACCCUGUGGGAUGUGUUUGGAGCCGGCAGGGAGGUGAAGGAGCUGCUAGCACGGGGUCUGUUGCUGCUGGACCACAGGGGUCUCCGGUGUUCCUGGGAGGGUCUAGCUGUGCUGGACUCGCUGUUAUUGACUCUCCUGCCUCAACUCCAAGAGGCCUGGCAGCACAGGACUCCGUCACCUGUGACAGGAGGAUGACCUGACGUUCCUGCAUCGUAGGGCAACAACUGUCAGACUUGGAGG